AUGCUACUUUUACCACGGGGAAAUGCACAUGCUUUGUGCCAUGGAAUACGGCCAGUGACUGUAUUUACUUUUACAAGCUGGGAGGCGGAGCUUGUGAAAGAGCCUGCAGCAGGCCCCUCCCAGCGAGGCCCUUCUCGGGGGCCUCGGCGCUCCGAGUGCCGCCAGGCGGCGCUGCCGCCCAGGAAAGGACGCUGCUGGGCCCGCCCCGCCAGGCUCCGCGUGGGGAGGUGGUGCCGCGCGGCAAUGGCGGAGCGGGAGGGCCUUCUCAGCGCUCGUCUGCCGGCGGGCGGGCGGAAGAUAUCCCUGCAGAGGUGUGAAACAUGUAGUCAAGAGGAAGCUAAGUACAGGUGUCCACGAUGCAUGAAAUAUUCGUGCAGUCUGUUGUGUGUGAAGAAGCAUAAGCUUGCAUUAAGCUGUAAUGGAGUCAGGGAUAAAACAGCAUUUGUCUCCGUAAAUGAAUUUACUGACUUGAAUCUUUUGAGUGAUUAUAGAUUCCUGGAAGAUGUAGGAAGGGCGGCUGAUGCUGCUGCUCGACAUCUUACUGUGCAUAAUCCAACAGCAAAAAAACUUUUGUAUGGCUUGAGAAACAAAGCUCGAAAGUGUGACAUUGACCUGAGAACACUGCCUGUUGGAUUUACAAAGAGGAGAGAAAAUUCAACCACCUUCAAUUACAUAGAGAAAAAGUUCUACUGGCACUUGAAGCUCGUAUUUCCUCACUCUCAUGCUGAAUACAUUUUAAAAGGGGUGCCUGAUGAUAAAACACUUGCUGAUAUCCUUAAGCCGUACAUCAAUCUAGUGGAGUCAGAUCCUGUAAUUUGUCAAAGAUUAAAAAUCUAUACAGUGUCUCCUCAGUCAGAUGUACAAAUUUUAAUGAAAAUAGAAAACAGGAAACAAAACUCUGUCAGGUACUAUGAACUGGAUGCCAGAAGAAGCCUUCUAGACAAUUUGAAAGGCAAAGUAAUAAUUGAGUAUCCAACAUUUUUUGUGGUCUUGAAAACAUUGAAGAAUGACAUGGUGAUUCUUGGCCAAGAUGCCAGUGAACCUGCAGAGAACUCGGACAGUGAAAGUUCAUCCCUUUCAUCUGUGGAAGAAGGGGAAAUUCGGGAUAGUUCAUGACAGUUCUUUGGGAAAAGAGGGUGGAAUGAGCAUUUUGGUUUGGGGGGGGGGGCCUGUUUUUCUUUUGA